AGCAUGGAGACUUUGAAAAAUAAGAGUGAAGGGUCAAGGAUCCAACUUGAACAGGUCCUGAACCCCACUGAUGUUUCACAAAGAAAAACUAAGAUUAUCUGUACCCUGGGCCCAAGCUGCUCUACUAAGGAAAUGCUAGUGGAUAUGCUCAACGCAGGUAUGGAUAUCGCAAGACUUAAUUUCUCCCAUGGAGAUCAUGAGAGUCAUGGUGUCAUGCUUGAGACAUUGAGAGAAGCAGUCAAGAGUAUCCCUGGCAAGCAAUGAGCUGUUCUUUUGGAUACCAAAGGUCCUGAGAUUAGAACCGGAUUUCUAGAGAAUCAUGAAAAAGUCUCAUUCGAAGCUGGGCAAGAACUCGAAAUCAGCACUGAUUAUUCAAUUGAGGGAAAUAGCAAAAGAAUCGCUUGUAGCUAUAAGAGUUUACCUAAGACUGUCAAGCCAGGUGACCAAAUUCUGAUCGCUGAUGGUAGUCUUGUCUGUACUGUUGAAGAAUGUCUAGAUGAUUGUGUGAGAGCAACAGUUGUGAACAACGCUACUAUUGGAGAGAGGAAAAAUAUGAAUCUUCCAGGAUGCGUAGUCGAUCUCCCAACAUUGACCGAGAAAGAUGAAGAUGAUCUCAUUGAUUUCGGAAUCAAGAAAGGUGUCGAUAUCAUCGCUGCCUCCUUCAUUAGAAGUGCAGCUGAUGUCGAGAAUAUCAAAGAUGUCCUUGGACCAAGAGGAUCUCAUAUCAAAAUUAUUUCAAAAAUCGAAAACCAAGAAGGACUCAACAACUAUGAUGAAAUCUUGGAAGAAUCAGAUGGGAUCAUGGUUGCAAGAGGAGACCUUGGUAUGGAAAUCCCUCCAGAGAAAGUAUUCCUUGCUCAAAAGUGGAUGAUUGAUAAGGCAAAUCUUGCAGGAAAGCCAGUUAUCACGGCUACACAAAUGCUUGAAUCAAUGAUUAAAAACCCAAGACCUACAAGAGCAGAAGCUAGUGAUGUAGCAAAUGCUGUAUUGGAUGGAUCUGAUUGUGUCAUGCUUUCUGGUGAAACAGCUGGAGGAUCAUAUCCCCUAGAAUCAGUAACCAUUAUGGCUAAAAUUGCAUGUGAAGCAGAGCUCAUGUUUGAUUACGAAAAACUUUACAAUGAUAUUAGAUCUCAUGCUCCUGCACCAAAGCACACAGCUGAAUCAAUUGCUGCUGCUUGUGCCUCUGCAGCAUUAUCUUUGCACAUUGAUAUCAUCAUUGUGUUGACAGAUACUGGAAGAAUUGCUAGGUAUGUAGCCAAGUAUAGACCAAGACAAGUAAUUCUCGCAUGCAGUGUUUCUGCUCAUAUUGUCAGACAGAUGAAUCUUUCAAGAGGAGCUAAAGGUUUCAAAGUUCCUUCAUUCCAAGGAACAGAUAUGCUUCUACAAGUUGUUAUCAAAGCUGCAAAAGAUCUCGGUCUUUGCGAGACUGGUCAUAAAGCGAUCACCAUUCAUGGAACUCAAGAAGAAAGCCCUGAUGAGUCUAAUGUUAUGGAAAUUAUCGAUAUUGAAUAAA